AUGGCUGAUGCUAUUGAGUCCUCAAGCUUUAAGGAGGAACAGCUUCCUCCUGAUGAGAACAAAACUAUGAUCUGGAAGCCCAGAAGAGGUAAGCCUAAAAUAUUAGGAAAAAACAAAGCAGACAUUGAAAACACUUCUGUAUAUCCUGACCUGGAAGACUUGGAUGUUGAAUUCUCCAGUAAACUUGAGGCUCUAACUUUUACAGAGCUGAAAACUGCUUCUUACUAUGAAGUGGAAGACUGGGAAAAGGAACUGGAGGAAUUGGAGCGUGAUCCUUACAAUGCUGAUGAUUUCUGCUGUGGAAGCUUUCAGGAAAAUAAUCUCUUGGCCUCGUACUCAUGGCAAGAGGAUUUGUAUUACACCCCAGCCUGUCACCAUGCAGCUUCCUUUGCUUUUACUCCACCAGUCAGAACGACUGAGAUUGGCCAGUUUGAUGAUGCUGAUGAAUGA